UGAACGAAACCAUGCUGAUGCCGAUAAAACUAGAUCCGAAAGACUUGGAGCAACAAAAACGGCUUGGAGUUACGAACUCUAUCCGGGCUAAACUCAAUUUUCUCGAUGAAAGACUCUGGAAAAGGUUCUCUGCCAGAAGAUUGGAGCUCAUCGACACACUUGAUUUGAGCUCUAAAAAGGCCUCGGAACAAGAUGCCGAAAUAAGGAAGGUGGCCGAGGCCCUCCGCGUUGAAUUCAAUUACAACCCAGACUACGAGUCCGAUUUCGACAAGUUGGUUCGUGCAGCUGUUCAAAGCGUGAGGAGAAACAGAAAGAGGUCGUCGAAGUCGAAGCGAAACCACAAUGAGGAAGGAACAAAAAGACCUCGGAUUAUUGAUUCUGUACUACUCUGGACUUCCGAAUACGACGAACCAAACUACCAUGAGACUGAGACCGAGUAUAGUGAUCCAAAUGAUUCCCACAAUACACACAAUGGUAAAACCAAGUUCCUUUCAGAGAUAUCUCGGUUGAACUCUGAUUCCAAUGAUGAUAUUUAUGACCUUAGCUACCCCAGAGCUAAAAACUUCACUGCUAAUGACAAGGCUCGUGCCACCAUAGAUUCCAUGAUUCGACCUAGAAUAGGAAACCCUUCUCUAUUGCCUCCCAUAACAGAUCUUCAGAUCGACUCAAGACUACCGCAUAUGGAUGUUACUGCUGCAAAGGGGAUCAUUAUAAAUCAUAUUGAAAGAUCCAAGUCUUGUUCUGAAAGCAUUAGCAAGAAGUCAGAAAACCUACAGGCUCUUGGUCAAUCAGUAAUGUCUGCUUCAAUCGCUUAUGUAUUCGAGAAGUCAUUUGAAGCUGUUAAUGAUACUUCUGUAGAGUACUUAAGGUCUAAGUUGAACUCGGAGACGUUUUUGUCGCGAUUUUUCCGGGAGUUAGAUCCCAACGUCACUACAUCUAUAACUGAUGAAAUUGCAGUUAUUUCGUUAUACACCUUGUUGGGUGGAUGUGUGAAAGACUUUGGCUUCGAUACUAUCUUAGUUCCAUUGUGUGAGAUAAUCUACGUUUCAAUCCUCCAGCAAUAUCCUCUCAUCUCGAAGAACUCGACGCCAUUCCGUAGUGCCGAUUACUUGAAGCCCUCGGAAUACUCGAACUCCUUGAGUUCUUUGGCUGCAGUAGCUUCCGAUCUCCAAAGUCAAGAGGUUGACCAAUACAGAAAGCAAGUCUAUCUACACUAUUUGUCCCAAGCACUUGAAUUCUCGUACUUGACCAAGAACUCUGCUCCACCUCGGUUCAUUGAACUUCUUGAGAAUGCUCGUUCUGCGUUCAAGCUAGCACAUCUGCCCGACUCUAUACUUGGGUUGAGAGACGUUAAGACGGGCAAUAUCAUCCAGACAGACUUCGACUUGGAGCGAAUCUUCCGCAACGAAGAGAAGAUCGAGUUGGAAGUGUUUGCCCAGCGAUCAACUGCCAUCCCCAUUUACGAAAUUACGUCUACAGUAGUGCCAAGUCGCUACGGUGGAAGCGAAUCACCCAAAAUCAUAUUGCCUCCUCCAUUUGGAAAUAGACCCCAUUUACCCGGAUUUAAUUUCCUCUCCAACUCCGACGACAUGACACCUCCUCCGCCGUUGCUUCCCAAAUUCCAGCCGCUCUUGUAGAAUUCCAGCAGACAGAAACACAAGGAAAAAUAUAUGGGCUCGGCCCUCAGGAAAUCGGAAUAGCUGGAAGAAGCUACUGAUAACUACACACAGACUUACACAUUUCAGCUACACCCACAUUGAUAAUGGUAUUGUUUUACCGAGCUAUGUUGUAUUGCUUAUCGAGUCCCACAUGGCGAUACGAGAUAAAGUAUAACCGCUAGAUACACGAAAAGAGGUGAAUAGCUAAGUUACAGAUUAGAAUAUUCGGUGUGUAGAAUGUGUGAAUAAAGGCUAGGAUUACUUCGGUG